AUGGCGGUUUUUGGCGUACAAAAUAUCAACACAGACGAUGAAAUCACGCACUAUCAAGUUGGUCGAUAUGUGAGCUGCAAUGAGGCAAUUUGGCGUAUAUUCUCAUUUCCCAUUCAUGAGCGUCAUCCCACCGUUGUACAUUUGGCGGUGCAUUUAGAGGAUGGUCAACGAGUGUAUUUCAAUGCAUCAAAUGUUGCUCAACGUGCUGAAACACCUCCAAUGACAACAUUAACCAGUUUCUUUUCGAUUUGCCAGAGUGAUCCGUUUGCACAGUCGUUGCUCUACUCCGAGGUGCCAAGUUAUUACACUUGGAACGCUUCAUCGAAGAAAUUUCAACGUCGGAAGCAAGGCGACGGGGUUCCUGGUCAUCCGGAUGUGCGCUCAACUUGUUCUCUUGGUCGCCUUUACACAGUUCAUCCGAAGAAUGAUGAAUGCUUCUCCUUGCGGUUGUUGCUGGUAAAUGUUCGUGGGCCGACAUCAUUUCAAUCACUUCGAACUGUCAAUGGUUUAGUGUGCCCAACAUUUCGUGCUGCAUGUCAAAAGCUCAGUUUGCUUGAAAACGAUACUCAUUGGGAUACGACAAUCGCUGAGGCACUUAUUUCUGCAUCUCCAAAUCAGAUACGCACAUUAGGGGUAUUCACCAUCCGUUCAGGCAAUCCCGAACUCGAGGUGAAUGAAGAGAUACAUAACCAGGCUUUAAUUUUAAUUGAAGACAUAUGUUACCUCAUGUGUGACAGUUUGUUAGUCAAGUUAGGAAUGCCAACACCACAUCGCGAAUUGAAUGAAGCAUUCAAUCGAGUAUUGGAACGUGAACACUGUGUAACAAAUGAAGACGAAGCAACCAACUAUCCAACUGAAUUCUUAAACUCAUUGGAUCUGCCUGGCUUACCACCGCACAAUUUACAACUGAAGGUUGGCUCCGUAAUUGUCAUGAUUCGAAAUCUUAACCAACCAAGACUAUGUAACGGAACGCGUUUGUUGGUGAGAAAACUCAUGGACAAUGUUAUUCAUGCGACGAUACUUAAAGGAAAGUUCGAAAGUGAGGAAGUUCUCAUUCCGAGAAUUCCGAUGAUCCCAACCGAUAUACCAUUCGAGUUUAAACGAAUUCAAUUUCCGAUUCGUCUUGCAUUCGCCAUGACGAUCAACAAAUCACAAGGUCAAUCUUUGAGUGUUUGUGGCCUGAAUCUUGAAAAUGAAUGUUUCUCUCACGGUCAACUUUACGUGGCAUGUUCACGUGUCGGAAAACCAUCCGCUUUGUUCGUUUUCGCACCUGACAACAAAACGAAAAAUGUCGUGUAUAAUAAUGUGAUUAAAUAA